CAGUUCUCUCUCUCUCUGUUUGUGAGUCUUCAACAUGAUGUACUUGAAGUCUCAGCUUAGCUACGGCUGCGCCUUGGCGCUCUUCAGCCUGAGUCUCUUCAUGCUGUCCAGCGCUGAGCUUCAAGGUGCUCCCAUCAGCAGUCUCUAUGACAAUUUGCUGCAGCGAGAAUAUGCCGGACCCGUUGUCUUUCCCAAUCAUCAGGUGGAGCGCAAGGCGCAGCGUUCGCCCUCGUUGCGCUUGCGCUUCGGUCGCAGCGAUCCGGACAUGUUGAACAACAUCGUGGAGAAACGUUGGUUCGGCGAUGUCAACCAGAAGCCCAUACGAUCGCCUUCGCUGCGUCUGCGUUUCGGUCGUCGCAGCGAUCCCAAUCUGCCACAGAUGCGGCGCACAGCCUACGACGAACUGCUCGAACGUGAACUGACUCUCAACAAUCAACAGCAGCUGCUGAAUCAGCCUGCCGCUGGCUAUGAUGCCGACCUCUCAGAAGACUACGAUGCGGGCUUCGAGCGUGCCGUGCGCAAGCCUCAGCGUUUGCGCUGGGGACGUAGCGUGAUCAGCAACAUUCUAGAUCUGGGCAAUAAUCGUCUGGAGAAGGAACAGCGUGAACGAGCUCAAUUGGAACGGCACUGGCAGAAGUGGCAAGAGAUGACACGCCUGCUGUUGGCCCUGCAGCAGCAGUAUGACAACUCAGCUGGCGCAGAAUCGGGCGAGGAUCAGGAUGAAGAUCAGGAUGAGGACAAUGCGGAAUAUCAAUUUCAGCGCGAGUCUCGCAAGCCCAUGCGCUUGCGCUGGGGUCGCAGCACUGGCAAGGCGCCCACCGAACAGAAGCAAAUGCCACUAGCUGCUGCUGGUUCCGCUGAGACAGCGUCUGUGGCGCCCAAGUCGCAGAACUAAAUGAACAAAUAAAACGAUAUGAUCAAAGGACACUCUAAGCAACAACUGGGCGGAAAAUAUAACAAUACACACACACACACAGAGACACAAUACACACACCAACACAAACGCAAACGAUUUGAAACACUCGUCUGAGAGACAGUUUUUGCAGGCAUUUACGGUAAGCGCAGGGAGCUAAGGACACGUUCUAAAGAAUACAAACAUAUAAGCCGUAUACAAAUAUAUAUGUACUUAAAUAUAUAUAUAUAUAUAUACAUAACCGAUUACGUGUGUACAUUAUA